AUGUGCUUUGGUAACCAAGUGGCUGCUGAUGGCAGAUCAGCAGCAGCUGUGUGCAGGUCAGAGGAGCUCCUGCCUCAGUGUGAGAUCAGCUCAGCUCCACGUCUGCAGCUGCCUCAGUCAUGGUCUCUGGGCUUCAGCUCGCCAGUGUUUUACCUGCUUCACAGUGUUUUACUGGUUUGGCUGUUGAGUGAGUUGGACUCGUCCACUUCUUUCCCUGCACAAGCCAGAGGUUCUGUGCCUCCUGAAGCAUGGCAGAGUCUAAGGAAGCGGUAUAACACCAGGAGUCGUCCUCCUCUCCAGUACAUCCAGGCUCUGAGGGAGGCCAACAGGAGGAAGCCCUACAGAAGCCCUCUGCCCAGCGCCCAGUUACCCAAUGAACGUGAUCUCUCAAACCAAAACCAGAGGCUGGAUCCCACCAGCCGAUUCCAGUCUGCACCACCGAGAAACCGUCCAAUAGCUGAAUCCAACCUAAGGGUUCCUCUUCUCACCUUCCAGAGCCAAGAGAAAGAAACGCGUCCAACCACUAACAGAGGUCAGAGCGAAAGGCCGAUCAGCGCUGGGAUUCAUCUUAACGGCCCUUCUCGAUCGUCCAGUCCAAGCACUCACUUCGCUUCGUCUGUUCCCACAUCACAUACGGCUCAAUCCUCAGAAACCCCGAGCAGGAAUAUCGGUAACGCACAACCUACCGAGCAGAACAAACCACUUUCACUUGGGUAUUCCAGCCAGUAUACAGCUCCUACUGAGCAAAUCAGCCAGGGUCAGAGCCCAAUAAUAGCAAAACUGGAUUUGACAAAAUAUCCAACUCGCUCCCUGCCGAUCUCUUACUAUCCCCAACAAUAUGCCAAUGAUCAUUUUGUAUACAGCAGUGCCCAGAGGAAUCCUACAGGUAAUGUCGAUGGGGAAGGUCAAGGUGGACAAACUGUUUCAUCUAACCCAACAUAUGUGCGUCCUCCUUUGGUUGACUAUGUGUCCAGUCGAUAUGAUGGUAGCCAGAUGAACCCUACAACCGUCUAUGGGGAAGAUCAAAGUGGACAAACUGUCUCACCUAAUCCUGUGUAUUUAUCGCAAUAUGAGCGAUUUCCAAGUGGACUUUACAAUGCUGGUCAGGGCAAACCCGGUGGAAACGGCUAUGGGACACAUCAGACUUUGCUGCCGGUCCGGACUCGACCUGCCUCCACUUCUGAACAGUACAGCAGCCGGUUUAAACCAUCUUCUGGUCAGAGGCAAGAGACCGUACCUCCCUCACAUCAAGUACAACCUUUGUCUACUCCCAUUGUUGCUCCGUCAGAGUAUGAAGUUCCGUUUCCCUCUUACAACGGGGAAGUUCCCACAACCGCUUAUGGACCAGUAGAUGUGGGGCAAUUGGAUUUCUCUUCGUCUUCUGGUCCCAGCAGCAGAGGUCAGAGUGGACCUGCUGCGUUGCCCGAUCAUCUCACCUCUUUUGGUUCCUCAGAAAACGUCUACUCGUCAACUGGGUAUCAAACCCAAACGGGAUCCUCUGGCAGAGGAAAACCCAGCUACACAAAACUUUUACUUGACAUAGAAAAUGAACUGGAUGAAGGUCCUGGACAAACUGAUUAUCUUGCAGCUCCAGCUCGAUCACCACUUUACGAUGGUUACCCUGGACAGAACAUGGCGGAGACGCUCGUUAGAAAUCCCAGUCCACUGCCUCGGCCUAUGAAUUCAAUGAGACAAGAUCAACAAUCGGGUCCACUUGGCUCCACUAACACCAACAACCCUGUUUACGUCCGACCUCCCAUCAGGGACAGUGGAGUAAACCCAUAUGCAUCUAAUCCUCAAAACCAAAUGCUACCUGAGCAGCUGCAGGUUUCUGAUGUCGUUCCUCAACAGGCUAACGUGGCUUCAUAUGUGGGUACAAGCGCUGGCUCUGUUCCGACAUACUUGGCCCAACAACCUUUGCCAAACAUUUAUUUCUACGCCAUGCUAGUGGCUCUCGGGCAACAUCCUGUCCCGUGGCAGCCCAGCCGUGACCCGAGCACUGAGCACUAUAGUUUGAAUCCACCUGUCUUUCAAAUUCCCUUCAUCCAAAAUACAGCUCCUUACAACCCUCAUCAGUUCCAGGUCCAUGAGCAGCCCCGGGUGGGUGUCUCCUAACGCACCUUCCCUCCCUCCCACCCACCUGCUCUGCGUCUCACUGCUUCCUCUCAAGGGAUGAACCAAUUGUGUAACUGAACCAAUUGUGUAACUGAAUUGUUGUGGCGCAUGGAGGGUUUUCUACAUCCAACCUUUUUUCUAUUAAAGUGUCAAAGUCUUA